AUGACGUUUGUUAUGUCUGCUUUAAUAUGGCUACGUCCGUUUAAGAAAUUCAAAACAGUUGACCUGCGAUGGUCCAACCCAAUAACAGUUCUUGUGCCCAGGGAGCACCCUUUUGAUCCACUUCUAAAGGCUCUAACCUUCAGCAGUUCAGGCGCAUCUGGACCCGAGAAAAUGUGCUCACUGGCGUUCUCAUCUACUGAGGAAAUCUCAUUGCUACCUCUGAACUCGGUAUCUCUUUAUCGUCGUCUCGGAAGUCGUCACAUUCUGUUACCGUUGGUAGAUAUGCUUCUUUGCCAUUCGAAGCUCAUCUAA